AAUGUGCUUGCCGCACUACUUUCAGCGCACGACUGUACACUCAGUUCUUGGAUUGUUGUUCGCGCGAUGCGUCGCGAUCAGCGGCCGUGAAGAAAAGAAAAAUAAUCGUGGACUAUCGCUGAGUCCUACCGUACUGCUGCCAGAAUGACCCAGUACCUCCCGCCGAAUCUCUUGGCGCUCUUCGCUCCUCGAGACCCCAUCCCCUACUUGCCGCCGACGGACAAACUACCCCAUGAAAAAACCCAGGGGACCUAUACCGGCGUAUCGAAGUACUUGAAUUUAUUCGAGGACCCGAAAGACACACCACCUCCAACGCGCGUUGAGACCCGAGAAGAACGCAUCGAGCGUAAGAGGAGAGAGAAGGCAGAGCAAGUGGCUUACAAACUAGAGCAAGACAUCGCGCUAUGGGACCCUUACAACAACAGUGCAGGCACCUUAGACCCAUUCAAGACUCUCUUCGUAGCCCGGAUUAACUACGACACUUCUGAGUCAAAGCUGCGCCGAGAGUUUGAGGUGUUUGGCCCGAUCAAAAAGAUUGUCAUCGUGCACAACAAGAUAACUGGCAAGCCCCGGGGCUACGCCUUCGUCGAGUAUGAACACGAGCGGGACAUGCACUCGGCCUACAAGCAUGCUGACGGGAAGAAGAUUGACGGGCGCCGGGUGUUGGUCGACGUCGAGCGGGGACGGACAGUCAAGGGCUGGCUGCCACGGCGUCUGGGUGGUGGCUUGGGUGGCACACGUCGUGGCGGCCCCGACGUAAACACCAAGCACUCUGGCCGUGAGGACUCUCGCAUGGAUGAACGGUACAUGGACCGGGAUGGUCGAGAUCGUGAGGAUCGAAUGAUACGCGGUGGUGGUGUUGGUGGCGGCGGCGGAGUCGGCGUUGGUGAACGUGACCGAGAACGUGAACGGAGACGCAGCCGCAGUCGAGACCGGGAGCGCAGGCAUCGAAGCAGCAAGGAUGAUCGCGAACAACGUCGCGAGCGGCGCCGAGAUAGGCCUGACCGGGAGCGACCUGACCGGGAGCGACCUGAUCGGGAGCGACCUGAUCGGGAACGACCUGAUCGGGAACGACCUGAACGAGAACGUCCUGAACGAGAGCGUCCUGAUCGAGAACGACCCGAUCGAGAACGACCUGAUCGAGAGCGGCCAGAGAGGCCAGAGCGGGACCGUUCAGAGCGAGAUCGAGGUGACCGGGAUCGCGACCGCCGGGACCGUGGUGACCGUGCCGAUGACGGUGCUGGUGGCGACGUGCCUGGGGAGCGCGAGAAGCGUCGCCGGAGCAGAAGCCGGGAGCGAAAACGCAAGCGGAGCCGGAGCCGCAGCCGUGAGCAUAGACGUCGACGGGAGCGCAAUGGCGCCGACCGGGGCGUUGAUGGCAUCAAGCAGGAACCGUCUGGCGGCGGCGGCGAUCAGCAACAGCAGCAGCAGGACGGCUUUGCAGAAGAUAGCAGGUCGGCUGGCGGACCAGGAGGCAACUAUGAGUCGUCCAAUGCCGAGGGCUACAACAGCGGGCCCGACGGAGGGAGUGGCUACAACAGCGAGAGCCAGUCAUCAUUCAAGAUGGAAAGGACCGAAGAGUACAACUAGGCUGCAGCCUGCCAGUGACACGGACAGGUUUUGUCUUGUCUUGGGAUGCAUUGCCAAGGUCUCCAUCCGAGACAGGCUUCUGGAAUGGAGCGUGUGUGUUGCCUGCCCGCUUGCUCUUUCUCAAGAUUUUCUUUUCUUUAUAUCCAUGAACUCUGUUCCCGUCCUUGACAGACAUCAUUUAAACAGCUAUCAUCCAUCAUUGCAAGCACGUUUUUGUAUUAUUUUUCUUUUUGCCAUAUUGCUUCCUGCUGCCCGAGUGCAUUUGACAAGAGCUGUUUGCACCUGCACAUUUUCACAUUGAAGAGACUAGCUGACCACUUACGAUGAGCUGUUUGAAUAGAAUACACCACAUUGUUAAUGCAGUUCCGUAGUUGUUUAAGGGGAAAGCAAGCUACUUCGCUAGCUUUAGAGGGGCAGAUUGCUAAUCACAUUCAUCAUAAUCAUCUCGCAAGAAGGGUUGGUAAGUAGGAAGCCUCUCUGGAGGUAAGUGUCGUUGCUGGAGAUUUAGGAGGUGGAGCUCUUAAAACUGAAUUUAUUCUUGAGGGAGCAUGCUGGGCUGUGGUUUCUUGCACACCAUGGUCUAGUAAAUGGUAUUUGAGAAGCCCAAAUAAAUUGAUGACACGUCUUCCAA